UUCGACCACAGGUUUUACUCGUGAACAUGGAGCUCGUCCGGAAUUGGGCCGGUCGAGGAGGCGCCAAGCAUGCAGUGGAAAAGAUCCGGCAGGCUCAAUCGUCCUCCGACCGUGAUGAACUGACGGUGGUGCUGAAUGCGUUGCUGUGGGGCGUCGCGCGUGGCGUGGUGCCGCAACAAGAGGUCUUGGACGCGCUGGUAGAAGCUGGGCUUGGGAAUGACGAGGCAGCGACCGCGACGCUCGCGGACGUGUUGUGGGUCAUAUCGAACCAGGCCGAGCGCAUGCGCGACCAGGGGAACGGUAAGGAAUGGGUCAACAUGUGUGCGUUGGUCGGCGAGAUUCAUUCGCGCGCGUUGGUGCCACCCGCGACCCUCAAAUCGGUGCUCGAGCUCGAGAUCCUCCACGAAGCAGGCAUUUCGUCGGAACCCACGGCCACAAUCAUGAAGAAAGUCGUGCGCAUCAACACGCGCAACCUGUACACGCAGAACAAGUUCAACCUGCUCAAAGAAGAAAGCGAAGGAUUUGCCAAGGUCUUGUGUCUGUUGCACUCUGACAUUACAUGCGAGACGCUCCAGGCGAGCAAGCAGAACCUUCUCUCGUUGAUCGGGUACUUUGACCUCGACCCGAAUCGCGUGCUCGACCUCGUCCUGGACGCGUACGAAGUCCACUACACGAACGAAUGCUUCAUGGAGCUGCUCACGGAAUUCAAAGUCGACGGGAUCGCGCAUGUGCUCGGGUUCAAGUUCCAGUUCUACGCGCGCCAGAGCAUACCCGCGCCGCGUUCAUUGUUCCGUUUGGCGGCGACGCUCAUCCAGCACGACCUGCUCACGUUGGCCGUGGUGUACCCCCAUCUAUCCCCGACCAAGGACGCGGUCGUGGCGGCGGCAACCCAAGACCGGCUUGAUGUCGUACAGCAUGCCAAAUCCUACGGCAAAGUCAACUUGAAUGCCAAGAAACCAGACGACGAACACGCCACCGCCGCCGCCGCCGACACAUCGCAAGACAAGCACGCGACCAACCAACUGUACGGCCUCAUCGUGGGACUGCUUGAAGUCGGUGCGACAGGCCCUGGGUUUGCGCUCAUCGAGUGGUUCACAGCCCAGAAUGUGGACCCACUGCAGUACAAACCUCUGGCGCUGCAAGUGUGCCAGUUCGUGCACGACCUCAUCGACGACAUGUACGCGCCGCUGUCGCUCCGGUCGCUCCGGUUUGCAAGCAGCGCCGUCCAUCCUUCCCCCGACAUCCCCCGACGGCGGCGGGUGGUGCCGUCCGUCCAGACAGUCGACGCGUUCGUGGCGCAAGUGGUGCCCAAGCUCCACUUGAUCGGCGCCCAUCUCCACCACGACCAGUUUCUAUGGACCAAACUGCUCCGGAUGCUCUCGCCGCGCGUCGUCCCGCCGCUCGAUCGGUUGCCUCCGGAUACUGUGGAAAGUCUCAUCCGGAUGUGCUUUUUACCAGCGCUGUCGGUGCACACGUGCUGUCCACACCUAGUGUACCAGACGUGGGACCUGGUUAAAGCAUACUCAGUGGACACGCGAUACAAAUUUUACUUGCACUGGCAGACCCAGUACAGCACAGUGCCAUUCCUCCAGCUCAAGCAAGCUGAAACCAUCCAGCUCACACGCAAAAUCAUGCGGCGACUCACGGCAGACAAGACAAAACCCACCGGCCGCCUUCUCACCCACGUCGCCCACGCCAACCCGCUGGUUGCGUUCACGACGAUGCUCCAACAGCUCCAGUCGUAUGAGAACCUGAUCCAGCCCGUGGUCGAGUGCCUCAAGUACAUGUCCCCCCUCGGCAUGGACGUGCUGUCGUUUGUGCUCAUCUCCGAACUCAGUCGACCCCGGAAAACGUUCAAGGCCGACGGCCACAAUGUGUCGCUGUGGCUGUCGUCGCUCGCGCAGUUUGCAGGCAGCUUUUAUAGAAAGUACCCCACGGUGGAGCUCGGCGCGCUGCUGUCGUUCUUGUUUCGACGGCUCAGUGCAUGGGAAAGCGGCGAGUUGAUCGUGCUCAGUGAACUCUUGACCAAAAUGGGUUCGUGUUUGGCGCUGGAAGACAUUUCGACGACGCAGUUGGAAGCGCUGGCGGGGGGCCCGACCCUCGGGUUUGAAUCACCCGAUCCGAAGCUCAACAACAAGCGCGCGAUCCCGUGUCUUCGCAACACCCUCGUCAAGCAAAACUUGGCGUGGCCUCUGUGCCUCGUGAUUGGCCAAAUGCGCAGCCAGAUCGAAUUCAACACAAGUGCUCAGCACCUCAAGCUGGUCGGGGCCUCGUAUGACACGGCCCAGCGCACGCUCAAUCAGCUCCUGGCGUUCCUCUCCGCAUGCGCAGACCCGGCGACGUACGUGGCGGCGCUGCCGUCGGUGACGGAGCUCGUCCGCGACUUCCACGUGCCAGAUGAACUCGCCAUGGUGCUGGUCCGGCCGGCGAUGCGCGCGCACGACCCGCUGCUUCGAAAAGUGACUCGAAGUGUGCACGCGGGGGGCAGUGGGAACCUGUCGCCGGACGACCCCCCCGGUCGCUGGUUCAUGUACGACCCGAACCUCCUGGCCGACGUCGGCCGCGCGUUCGACGGCAGUCCGUUCGUGGGCAUGACUAAGGACCUCUUCACGACCUUCUGGGGCCUCACUCUGUACGACAUCUACGUACCCCACGCCCAGUACAAUGCCGAAAUCCAAAAGGCCAAAAACGACCUCAAACUCGUCGCUGCCAACCCGAACGACGGCGACCGCAAGAAACCCAAGGACCGUCUCAUGGGCGUAAUCGACACCCUCGUCAAUGAGAUGAAAGAUCAGGUGGCGCACCGCAAAGCAGUUUUUGCCCGCUUCGAGUCAGUCAAGCACCGCCUGUGCACACCCAACCAAUCGGAUACGGUGGUGGUGCAGUUGCUGCAAAAGUGUGUAUUGCCGCGAUCGCUGCUAAGUCCUGAAGACGCGCUCUACUGCGCCAAGUUUAUGCAGUACCUGCACUCGAUCAGCGUACCCCACCUGAGCACACUACAGUACUACCAAAAGGUAACGCUGAAUCUGUCGGGGUUGGUGCUGUGUACAACCGAGCGCGAGGCGUCCAACUUUGGCAUUUUCCUGAGGGAAACGUUCUCAGUGCUUGGCCGGUGGUUCGAAUCCGCCGACGAGUUCAACGACCAGGGCGUGCGCAGCGGGUUUAGCGUAUCCCUGACCGACCCGACCAACAUUCUCGACUACGACAAGUACAGAAACCUGUAUCGCAAGUGGCACAAUCACUUGGAAAAAGUAUACGCGCACACACUCACCACGGGCGAGUACAUGCCCACGCGCAACUCGCUGGUGCUGCUCACGAAACUCAUCGACGUGUUCCCGACGACCCGGCCGACGACGGACAAGCUGUUUGGGUUGGUGGACGCGCUCACGAAAGACGACCGCAGCGACGUCAAGCUCAUGGCCACCAGUUAUGCGGCCAUGCUCAAGCGGAAAAUGCACGUGUCGUUCCCAGACACAACCAAGAGCCAAGAUGCCGACGAUGUUGCGGAUCGAGGAGGGUCGAAACGAAGCGAACGUCGCGACUCGCCUAGAGAGAACAAGGGAAGUGACGUGGACCACCCCCGACGGCGAGGCCGGUCGCGGGAAAAGAAGCCAGACGCCGAGCCCCUUGUCGUAGGAGACAAGGGGGGGAGCAGUAGUAGACGGGACAAGCUUCCUUCGUCUCGCGGUCGGUCGCGGGAGAGGAGGGCGUCGCAAGUAGCAGGUGCCGCGGACGCAAGAGGUUUGCAACCACAGCCGACGGACAAGAGAGGGCGAUCCUCCGACCGCGCGUCGGCAGUGUCGCAAGCUGCAGAACAUGCCCCGAGAGGACGAUCGAGGGACAAGAAGCCGACGGACGGGUCGUCCAAGCCGCCUUUGACGAGUGCCGGGGACAAGCUUCCUUCGUCCCGCGGGCGGUCGCGGGAGAAGAAGGCUACACAGUUGGAUCAAUCGCACCCGUCGUCUACUAGUAGUAGUACUACUACGCCAGCGGACAAGGAGCGACCGCGUGAGAAGAAGGACUCGCCUCGUAGUAGUACUACUACGCCAUUGGACAAAGAGCGGUCGCGUGAGAAGAAGGACUCGCCUCGUAGUAGUACUACUACGCCAGUGGACAAAGAGCGGUCGCGUGAGAAGAAGGACUCGCCUCGUAGUAGUACUACUACGCCAGCGGACAAAGAGCGGUCGCGUGACAAAAAGGAGUCGACUAGUAGUAGUAGUACUACCACCCCAGUGGACAAAGAGCGGUCGCGUGACAAAAAGGAGUCGCCGCGUAGUAGUACUAGUACGCCAGCGGACAAAGAGCGGUCGCGUGACAAGAAGCCGCCACAGGCGGAUGGAUCGCAGCAGUCUUCGACUAGUACUACUAGUGCUCCAGCGGUAGAAAAAGCUGCUCGAGGUCGGUCGCGUGACAAGAAACCAUCGCAGCCAUCAAUUGAACCCUCGUCGACUCCAUCGAUGGAGAAAGCCAGCGAACGAUCGCGUGACAAGCCGACGUCAUCGUCAACCCAACCGACGACCCUGUCCGCCUCCAACACGCGUACGAUCCCUUCGUUGUCGACGGAAGCCAGCUUAAAGCAGCAAGUGUUGGAGCGAGGACUCAAGAAGCGCGAGCGAGACGAGGCAGCAGCAGAGCCACCUGCUUCUUCUUUGACCGACCAGCCCCCCGCCAAAGCGCGUAAAUUGGUGUCGACGUCACUGGUGGACGUCAAUGUCAAGCGCGUGCAAGACGACAAGAAGCGCCGCCUCGAGCAGCGAAAGUCCGAGUCUGCGUCGACCAAGGACGACGCGACCGCCUCUCGGAGUGGCGAGAACGCACAAAAAGUGCCUCGAAGUGGACCCGAUCACCCCAAAGCCACUUUGGCUUCAUCUGCCGAGCCAUCGUCCUCGUCAUCCAGACAUCGACAGGGCAACAACAACAACAGUCGUGGCGACCGCAAUAUUCGUAGGGACCGACGUGAUGGCGGCGGCGGUGGCGGUCGCGAUGGCCGGUAGGGUGCACAUACAUAUAUUAAACCUUGCCCUUGUCGUAAAGUAGAAUGGAACUUUGGUUACUACUGGACUACUACUACUACCAGCAUGUUGUAUGGGUGGUUGAUAUUGAUCAGUGUGGUGGGUACUAGGCGCAAUUGAUUGCUAUAUUAAAAGCGCGAAGAUGCUGUUCGAUCGAGGUCUGCACUGGAGGUGGAGGACGACGCUUUUGCUGUCAUUGUCGUCGUGGGAACCAGCUUGUGGGCAUUGUUGUGUUUGAAUGAAAACGAGUUCUUUGCCAUCAUAAGUUUGGCUUUUUCCGCUGGAUGCAACAGAGUCGACGCCCGCGGACGAGUUUUGCUCGUGUUUCGUUCGGCGCGUUCCUUGGCUUGGUCGGCGGCCUCGACUUGCUGCUUGGCCUUUUCAAAUGCCUAUAUUCCAUAUACUAACAUGAGGAUCUCUCUCUCUCUAUAUAUAUAUA